UAGUCUAUUCAAAACCUUUUGAACUGGGACUCGAAGAAAACCAAAAGACUGAUCACAGUCUCUGAGCUCAGACAUCACAGACAAAGAUAGAAUAAACACAGAGAGAAAAAGAGAUGUCUGUCUCUCUAAGCUACACUUGUCUUAGAUUGCCCACCGCUUCUGUUUCACAAAAACUCUUAGUUCUCAACGGAGUUCUGCCUGUUCAUGUCCGAAGAUUUUCUAAUAAUUCCUCAUCCCGUUUUGGUUUCAAAUCAAACCCAUUCUUUAGAGCUCAAACCCCCAGAUUAUUCAAGUUUUUCCCUCAGAGGCUCUCCAAUGAAGGCAGAGAAGCACAAGGAAUAACAGAAGAAGAAGAAGAAGAAGAAAAGGUUGUCGAAUUUGAGAGGCUAUUCUCUAACCUUAAUCGAUCAACAUUAAAGCGAGAAUCCGGAAGUUUGUCCAGUGCGAUUUUCUUGGUUGCAGGCACUACCGUAGGUGCAGGGAUACUUGCGAUUCCAGCCGUGACACAAGAAUCUGGUUUUCUAGCCUCUGCAGUCGCCUGCAUUCUCUGUUGGGCUUUUAUGGUUGUGACAGGUUUGCUGGUCGCUGAAGUUAAUGUCAACACCAUGUCUGAACUAGGCUCUGGAGGCGUAUCUCUCGUCUCAAUGGCAAAGCGGACACUUGGAUCUGUUGGAGUUCAAGUUGCUUCUUGGUCCUAUAUUCUCAUACAUUACACCCUUCUCGUGGCCUACAUUGCUCGGUCUUCAGGCAUCCUUACAAACUUCCUCGGCAUUCCAAUAUGGGAGAGCGCAACUCUGUUCUCACUGGUUCUCGGAGGCAUUUGCUUCUUUGGAAGUCAGCGAUUCAUCGGUGCAACCAAUGGAGUUCUUGUGUUUGGACUAAUUGCAUCGUUUGCAGCACUCGUGGCAGUUGCGAGUGGAGGCUUGCACUGGGAAGCUCUUCUCAAGGCCAACUUUGAGGCAGUUCCCAUGAGUAUACCCAUUAUUGCCCUCUCAUUUGUUUAUCAGAAUGUUGUGCCGGUUCUCUGCACAGAUCUUGAAGGAGACUUGCCGAAAGUAAGAACCGCGAUUGUUCUAGGCACUGCCAUACCACUUGGCUUGUUUCUUGUGUGGAAUGCUGUAAUUCUUGGAUCGUUUCCAGUGACCGGGGUGGCUGCUGAGAAGAUGAUCGAUCCUCUUCAGCAAUUGAGAUCAAGCAGUGUCAAUGUUGGUCCUUUUGUGGAAGCCUUCUCUCUUAUCGCAAUCUCAACAUCUUAUAUCGGAUUUGUCUUAGGCCUCUCUGAUUUCUUUUCUGACUUAUUGAAGCUCCCGACCAGGCAGAACAAGCCUCUUCUUUACCUUCUUACAUUGGUUCCACCGCUUGUCUUGUCUCUACUGGACCCAGAGAUUUUCUUCAAAGCCUUGGAUUUUGCUGGAACAUAUGGAGUUCUUGUAUUGUUCGGAAUCCUCCCAGCUGCAAUGUCUUGGUCAGAUAGGUACUCAGUCUCAUCAUCAACAGCAACAGCAAAAACUUUUCCGAGACUUGUUCCAGGAGGAAAAUUCACCCUUUCUCUUGUGAUGGGAGCCGCAGGAUACGUAAUUAUAUCUGAAGUGAUAGAGAAUUCUUCACGGUACUUGGGUGUUUCGUAAACACAAAUGCAAAGGAAAUAAUAAUAAGCAUUGAUAGUUUAUGUUUCUUGUAACAUGAAAGAAGUCUUGCAACUAGAAAAUAAACAUCUCAGCAAACAGCACAGAAGAACAAAACUUGG